AUAAAUUUCGCCUAUGUUUAUGUUAGAUUCUUUGUCCGGAGGAUCGCAUUACGUUGAUUUCCAGACCCGGCUUCGAUCAACACGUGAUACGUAAUCGGAAUAACUCAAACUAGCUUCAAUUUAUGACAUCGCAUGUUUACUUAUGCGUAGUUGUUUAUUGCUGUUAUAUUACUAGUUCAAUAGAGGUGGUCGGAAUUGUAUAUCAGCUCCAACAGUGUAAGUUCGUUACAACGUUAUCACAACUCUUAUCAAGGGGUGACUUAUCUGCAUAUUUCUAGUAAACAUCCUCGAAUCGGAUUCGAUCGAUUGCGUAUUGCCAUUUAGUAACGAAAGCUUGCAGAGCAAACAUUGUUCAAAUAAGUAAGAAAAUGUCAACCUUCAACCCGGAAUUCUGCGGUUACCGAUCACCGCUCAGCACUCGAUAUGCCAGCAACGAAAUGCAGUAUCUGUUCAGUGAGCAGUACAAGUUUUCCACCUGGAGGAAACUGUGGAUCAUUCUGGCCAAGGCUCAGAAGGAACUUGGACUUGACAUCAGCGAUACCCAGAUCGCCGAGAUGGAGACAAACGUCGAAAACAUUGACUUCAAAGCAGCAGCCGAGGAGGAAAAGCUAACCCGUCACGACGUGAUGGCGCAUGUGCACGUAUUCGCCAAGCAGUGUCCCCUUGCGGCGCCUAUAAUUCAUCUGGGAGCAACGUCCUGUUACGUUGGUGAUAAUACCGAUCUACUGGUGCUGCAAGCUGGUUUACGCGUACUGUUGCCAAAGUUAGUGGGAGUGAUAAAACGAUUGUCGGAAUUUGCCGUUGAAUACCGAGACUUACCAACGCUUGGAUUUACUCAUCUUCAACCGGCUCAACUGACGACGGUUGGUAAGCGCUGUACCCUGUGGGUUCAGGAUCUUCUGAUGGACGAACGGGCCUUGAGAAACUGUCUGGAGAAUUUGCGCUUCCGUGGUGUGAAAGGGACAACCGGAACACAAGCUUCCUUCCUGCAGUUGUUCAACAAUGAUGGCGAGAAGGUGAAACUUCUCGACAAAAGGGUGACCCAUCUGGCUGGCUUUGAACGCUAUUAUGCCGUCACAGGGCAGACUUAUUCUAGGAAAGUGGAUCUGGAAAUUGUCUCAGCCCUGUCUAGCCUUGGCGCUACAAUUCACAAAAUGUGCUCAGACCUACGUCUACUGGCAUCUAGAAAGGAAAUCGAAGAACCGUUCGAGCAAACCCAAAUCGGCAGCUCGGCUAUGGCGUACAAGCGAAACCCGAUGCGAUCGGAGCGAUGUUGUGCUAUAGCUAGACACCUUAUCACGCUACAUGCUAACUCCGCCAACACGUUAGCCGUCCAGUGGUUGGAACGUACACUGGAUGAUUCCGCCAACCGUCGGUUGACACUGUCCGAGGCCUUCCUGUCGGCUGAUGCCUGCUUGCUGACUUUACUGAACAUUUCGCAGGGUCUGGUCGUGUAUCCGAAGGUGAUCGCGCGAAACAUUGCCCAGGAGUUACCGUUCAUGUCGACCGAGAACGUGAUUAUGGCUAUGGUGAAGGCGGGCGGUGACCGGCAGGUUUGUCACGAAAAGAUUCGAGUUCUGUCGCACGAGGCCGGGGCACAGGUUAAACAGCAUGGCCGGGAUAACGAUUUGGUGGAGCGGAUCAAAGCCGAUGCAUACUUUGCACCGAUUUUGGGUGAGUUGGAUACGAUUUUGGAUCCGAAGACGUUCACUGGCCGGGCUGCCGAUCAGGUGCUGGAGUUCGUGCGAGAGGAAGUCGAUCCAGUGGUGGCCACUUAUGGUAGCAAUAUCGAGAGCAAGUCGGUUGGGCUGGCUAUUUAGUCGUUUAGAUUCAAACAGUUGUUCAAUUUUCAUGCUAUGAGCAAUGAAGUGUUUUGGAAAAAUACUCGGAAAUAAAUGUUGUUCUUUUCAAAUCAA